AUGUUGCGCAAAGAGCUCGACAUGCGGCUCACGGCGUACCUGCCCGCGGUCGUGCGUCGGCACCUCGAGCGCCAGGACUUGCUCCGCCCGCUGCCCAUGCCCACGACCCACCGCACGCGCGUCGUGAGUAUGUUUGCCGACGUCUCGGGCUUCACGUCCAUGACCGAGUCGCUCGCGGCGCGCGGGCCCGUUGGCGCCGAAGACCUCGCGAAGCACUUGAACUCGUACUUUGAGCAGCUCUUGCGCCUCGUGGCGAGUGCAGGCGGCGACGUGUUUAAGUUUGCCGGAGACGCCAUGCUGAUCUUCUGGCCCGAGAGCAAGGAAGACGCCAUGGACAGUCUAUUGCGUCGUGCGUUGCAGUGUGCGCUGCGCAUUCAGUCGCACUUGCACGCGGCCGAGCUCGCUCGUGGGGUCGUGCUGAGUGUGAAAGUGGGUGUGGGCAUCGGGGAAGCCACGAUCGCCCAUCUAGGCGGCGAGAGCGACGGCGCGACGGCUCGCAUUGAGUACGUUGCGGUGGGCCCGGCGCUCGAGCAGGCGUUCGACGCAGAGCACCAGGCAGAAGCAGGCGACGUGAUUUGCUCGAGCGAGUGCUGGAAGCGCGUGAGCGACUGUUUCGAUGGCGCGCCCGUUGCAGCAGCUACUUUAGGCGGUGAAACAGAGCCCGAGAAUGCGUUCUACAAGGUCACUGGCGUUCACAAACCAGUCAAGAUCUGCUCGAGGCGGCCGUCAUUCACGCGCCAUGAAGCACUGCUGCACGAGCGCAUGAAGCAGUACGUUUCCAGAGCUGUUUGGCCGUACCUCGAUGCCCACGACGAGUUCUGGGGCUCUGAGCUUCGUGACGUGACUGUAUUAUUUAUAAACCUUGGCUUCAGUGAGCAGGACUUGGCACAAAUGCUAGGAGCGAAAGAGCUCCAGCGGCUGCAACAUGCGUUUGCUUGCGUCCAGAAAUGCGUUUACGACUACGAAGGCACGAUCAACAAGUUUCUCGUGGACGACAAAGGUAGCACGGUCAUUGCUGCAUUCGGACUGCCACCUGUGACCCACGAGAAUGAUCCCAUUCGUGGCAUCUUAGCCUCGCUGGCGAUCUGUGCUGCGCUAGGCAACACUGGUCUGAAGGCUUCUGUGGGAAUCACAACGGGCACGGCCCUGUGUGGAGUUGUUGGUCACCAAGGGAAUCGGCGAGAGUACACUGUGCUCGGCGAUGUCGUAAACCUCUCGGCACGUCUAAUGCAACGUGCAAAGUCCGAAGGAGGUGGCGUCAUCACGGAUGCAUGCACAAAGAUCUAUGCUCAGGACGUGCUGCACUUCGAGAAGCGUCCCGAGAUUAUGGUCAAGGGCAAGAACGAAAGUAUCAAGAUACACCGACCGUAUCCACGUAUGUCGAUUUUGCUCGACUAUCAUCUUACUUCUGCCAUCAGACACUGUUGUCGCGGAAGUGAGAUCGCAUCCGCAGGUUCUGAAGCGGGGAUCAGUGGACGAAAAGGGCGCGCCCAUGCAUUGUCCAUCGUAAGUCGUGCUGCGCCAAUACCGAAUCUGAUGGAGAACAUGCACCGCGUACAAGUACGUGAUGCUCAGCGGCGAUUGUCGUUACGUGCAGACCAGCAGCGCUUGUCGGCAGCAGAGCUCGUUGAAAGUGAAAGCUAUGUAGGGGCCCGAACAGCAUUGAUGGAGAAAUGUUCGACUAUCAGCUUAUCUGCGCCAAGUGGAUCGUUCGUGCUUGAAGGUGACAUCGGUGUGGGUAAGACCGUGCUACUUCGAUCAGCCCUUGCCAGCCCCGAAGCUGGAGGGUACCAAGUGCUAGUUGGUACCGCUUGCCCGUUUGCAACGAAGAAGCCAUACGCAGUUUGGUCGGAGCUUAUCACCAGACGUGCUCAGGAAUUGGCUGAGAGUUUUCGUAAUGGCCACGUUUGUGCCAGCCAGUCUGAGCCCCAUUUCUCUCCGGACGUCGUCAUUCCUGUUGAUAGCUUGACUCCUGCUGCACAGGCACCGACCAGAGUUGAUGAGAUGGCACGCCGAAAGUGCGUGGCGCGAUUUGUGAGGCAGAAGAUUCGCGAGGGUGCUGCGCGAAACACGGCACUUGUCCGACUUGCGCCUGUACUGAACGCAAUCUUGGACACAGAUUUUGAUGCUUAUCCCGACACCGAUGAUGUCACUGGUGACGUGGAUGGCGUGGAAAUUGACAACAGAAGCUGUCGAACGUAUGAAGAGCCGUGCGAACACCGGUGUGAAGAGGCGGAAGCAAGCGAUAAGAGUCAGCAGCUGUGCCCAGUCAGGAAUGCGCAUGCCGAAAGUCCCAACAAAACACCAGAUUUGAAGGACGAGGAGAUCGCUUCAUGGUUUUUCAGUCUGCUGGAUACAGCAGUUGCCCGGGAUAAGGAGUCUGGACCGUCACCGGUUUGCUCAGUUCGUGCUGACACCAAUGCUGAGCCAGAUUGCCGCGACGACAAGCGUGAACGCGAGGGGAAGUCCUUCGAUCUGGAUAGCAGCGGUGUCCUUUUGCUGUGUGCGCUGUACGCCAUGUCGCGCAAACGAGCAACAGUUUUCUGUCUUGACAGUGCUACGUACAUGGACGCGAAAUCGUGGGUUUUGGUCGAGAUUAUCGCAAAGUACUUUACAAACUGCUUGGUUGUGGUUGGCACGCAACCGCCAAGCUUGGCUCGAGGUGAGCACACCGCAAGUGCUUCGUUUCGCAAGCAACUGCUUUCACUGAAGCAGAUGGAUUCUUCGACGUGUGUUUCGCUGGACACUUUUCGCAGCGAAGAGAUUGAGGUGCUGUCGCGACAGAUUCUGCAAGUGUCUUCUAUUCCAGGCAACCUCUUGGAAAUACUCGUGUCGCGGUCACAAGGGAACCCUCUUUUUUUACACGAAAUUAUUGCUGAGAUGCAGGAGCAACAAGUUAUCCGGGUGGACGAAAAGAAAGGCGUCCGCCGAUGCGAACUACAUGUCCAGGAACCUUGGGACGACAAGUCCAAGUCCGAGUUUUGUUUCGCCUGCCAUGCGAGCUUUUUGGGCUCGAAGAAGGACAGAGUCAAAGGAAAUGACAUUGACGUGGCUCUUGGCGAGGAAGCAGCAAGGAAGACUAGGCAGCGAUGUCAAUGCUGCGGAUACGUCUUUUGCGCAGAAUGUACUCCAAAAGCAUGCCAAGCGAAGCUUGUAGGAAAGUCGAGCGAACCUGUGCGACACUGUCGCACAUGUUACAAUAUUGCAUCGUCACGUCGGCCUAGUGGAUCGAGCCAAAGCAUCGGCGCUGCCAUAGGGGCUAUCGCAGACAAACGGAUACGGAAGAAAAGCCGGUUGCGGUCCAUUUUCCACUCCGGCAGCAGUGUCGAUCAAGCCCUGCCGUUGGUCACAUCACCAAACUCUCCCGCUGCGUCGAAAGCUCGGACGCUUAUGAACCGCGUCGCGCCCCAUCCUCCUCGAACCGUCAAGAGUGUGCUCACUACGAUGCUUGAUCGACUGACGGUCUCACAGCGUAUGCUCAUGAAGACCGCUAGUGCCAUUGGGCCCGUUUUUGACAAAGAGACCCUCCGCGGUACUUGUCCCAUCGAGGCGCACCUGUCCCGGUUCGCACAAGACCUCGAGGACCUGGAACAACUGGCCAUGAUUCGUCGAAUUGACACAUUCAUUGGGGGUGUGCCUGCGUCGUCCAGGCCGAUCGGUGGGGCGCUUCCUCCCAACAGUCGAGCAGCAUCGUCACCCAGUAGCCAUUUGAAAGUCAAGUUUGAGUUCUGCCACGGCUUCAUGUGUGGUGUCAUUCGCGACCAAAUGCUCCGGGGCCAGCUGGACAAAUUGAGCGCUCGUAUCGUUGAUCUCCGCGAACAGCAGCAGAAGCAGCUGCGCCACAAUUUUUUCUCCAAGGCAAAUGAGAGUUUGUCUCGUCCGCAGCAAUUGGUUAUCCCGGCUUCGGGCGAUGACAGCGAUGUUUGGCGAGCACAAACCCGUUCGGUUGAUGUGUGCAAGUCGCGAUCUCCAGUGUAUAGCGGCGGUGGGCGGCAACGUCUUCUCGUUUGUUGUAAUGUGCGCACGGGACACGAGCCGACCGGAUCACAAGAAGGCGCCAGCACGAGCAACACUGGUAUCGCGGCGUCUAGUCCAUUGCCCAAAUUGUCGACAACGCCGUUGCCUCAGAAAAGCGAGUGCGAAGAUGACUCUUCGCCAGUCAUCAGCCCGAGCAGCGCUUUCUCCACAUCUUCUUUCUCGUCCAGCAGCACACUUCACGCACUGCCGACGUUCAUGCGGUUGAAGUCAAGUUACGUGGUCGUCAAAAAGCACAGCAGUGUGUUUUCGCACCUGAAAUUGAAAGGACUCAAGAACACUCGGCAGUGGAAGUCGCGCUAUGCUGUGCUGCAAAACGCACGCUUGCAACUGCAGUACGAAGAAAGUGACCCGAUCGCAAACAUCUCGGCAAUCGCUGCCCCGCUCCAAGCAGCGAGUACGUCGCACGAAACAUCGCUCUCUCUCAAGGGCGCUAAGGUCAGUGCGUGCGACCCGGAGGUGGCUGGGAAAGCCAACUGCUUUCAAGUCGAGGUGUAUGAAUGGAGGAAGAAGGGAAAGGUGUUCAGCGACGAACGCCGUUUGUUUGUUAUUGGCGUCGAAGGCGCAGAAGAAGUUGGGAAUUGGAUCUACAUGAUCCGCUUUGCCAUCGAAUCGCUUGAAAACGACGUGCGAGUCCGCCCGGACGGCUGCUGGUAG